GUAUAUAAGGACACAGCUAUGCCAGGAUCUUUGUGAGCUCUCCACUUUAAAAACAGAAUGCUGCGGUACGUUGUGGCCCUCUGUCUCCUGGCUUUCUCCUGGGCCCAGGACUGCCAGGUGGCCAACAUCCAGGUCAUGCAGAACUUUGACAGGACAAGGUAUACAGGGACGUGGUACGCCGUAGGAAAGAAGGACCCAGAAGGUUUGUUCUUACUUGACAACAUCGUGGCGAGCUUUAAUAUCGACACUGAAGGCAAAAUGACUGCCACUGCUGAGGGCAGAGUUAUCAUUUUAAACCAAUGGGAAAUGUGUGCCAGCAUGUUUGCCACCUUUGAGGAUACUCCUGACCCUGCCAAGUUCAAGAUGAAGUACUGGGGAGCUGCAUCGUACCUGCAGACUGGAAACGAUGACCAUUGGGUGAUUGACACCGACUAUGACAACUACGCCAUCCACUACUCCUGCAGACUGAUAGACUCUGACGGCACUUGCCUGGACAGCUACUCCUUCAUAUUCUCUCGUCAUCCGACCGGUCUGAGGGUGGAGGACCAGCCCAAUGUCGUGCAGAAGAAGAGGGACCUCUGCCUGCUGGGCAAAUACAGACGCGUCGAACACACUGGCUUCUGCGUGUCCAACCAAUCUGUCACUCCAAAAAUUGAUUCAUGAAGCAACCCCCCCGGGACUGUGUACCACCACCGCCUGCUCGUCUUGGACUAAAUCCCACCAGAGUUCUCUCUCUUCUGCUGUAGAAAGUAGAAAGUAGCCCACUCUUCUUUUAAAAUAUUCUAAAAAUGGCGAAACCAUAAACUGUCACAUUCACACAAACUGUACAUAGAAAGGAAAGAUGAGGAAUUUCAGAGUUGUGUGAAACAACAUCCAUCAUGAAAACCAGUGGAACUUGCCCCGCUGGUUCCAGUGAGAGAAAAAAGACACAUCAGAUCACUGAAAAGCUAAUUUUUGGAGUUUGUGGAGCAGGCCAAUGUGACAAAUAAUCAGUUGUGAAAAUCUUGUUGUGUUUACCACAAAACCAGGUUCACAAGUCACUGACUCUGCUUUUACACUGAAAACAUACAAUACCUUAUAGCACAAAAGUAGAUAUUGUUAAACCUUCAUACAUAUUAAGUUGCGUGCUAUAUAGGCAUAGUAGUUUGGUUGUUACGUGAUGAUCUGAUGUAUACUUCUUGAUCCGGUAUUUGAAAUAAAACAUUCAUACCGUG